AUGACAGUUUUAGAGGAUGAAAAAUUUCAGAACAUCAACUCGGGCCAUGAAUCAGUGAGUAUCAAACAAGCCGAAAUGUUAAACACCAGACUGCAGCAUGUUGAGCAAGCAUUUAUUGCGGAGCAAGGAAUUUACGACGAACGAGCGGAAUACCGCCAUCUGAUAUUCAGCAGUAGUACUUAUAACGAAUACGGGAAUUUUCCAUUUGCUAGUAUCCUAGAUCCAGCACUGAAUUGGCGCAAUGCCUUUGUUGCUGGCGAUUCGCAAAAAGCGGAUUACUGGCUGAAGAUCGUCAGAAUUGGAUUUUCUAAGCUCCAUUAUGCUAUCGAAUCAGCAACACUGACCAUAACUAUGGACGGUUUUUAUGACUGA